AUUAAAACCCAGUCUUGUCUCCAGAAAUAUCAUAAACUAAGAAGUCAAGAAUCAGCUGUACGCUUAUCAUAUGCUAUUCAAAAUGGUUUGCUUUGCCUUAAUGAUUUUCCUUGUUGCCCAGGACUUCUCCCUCACAGCUGCCAUUGCCUUGGACCCAUGCUCUGCAUAUAUCAGCCUCAAUGAGCCAUGGAGAAACACUGAGCAUCAUGUAAAUGACUCUGCCGGCUCUCCAAAGUGUGACAGCCAUAUUAAUGGGGAGUGGUAUAGGUUUACUGGCAUGGCAGGGGAUGCCAUGCCCACAUUUUGCAUUCAUGAAAACCACUGUGGCACCCAUGCACCUAUCUGGAUGAAUGGCAGCCACCCACAGGAAUCAGAUGGGAUCAUUCAAGUACAGGCUUGUUCCAGCUUCAAUGAAAACUGCUGUUUCUGGAACACGACAGUGGAAGUCAAGGCAUGCCAAGGAGGGUAUUAUGUGUACAGACUUCCCAAACCCAGUGUGUGCUUUCAUGUCUACUGUGGCCAUUUUUAUGAAAUUUGUGAUGAGUCAGAUUGCAAGGGCACCUGUCUAGAGACCGGAGAGUGCCACUGUAUGACGGGAACUACUUUGGGACUGGAUGGGCAGACCUGCUUGGAUGUGAAUGAGUGUGAAAAGGACAAUGGUGGAUGUGCAGAAAUUUGUGUCAACCUGAAAGGCUCUCAUCGCUGUGAAUGUGGGGUUGGACGGGUUCUCGGACCAGAUGGCAAGUCCUGCAAUGAGAUUGAGGGCUGUCACAACAAUAAUGGAGGAUGUAGUCAUAGCUGUGUGAUGUUGGAAAAUACCUACCAGUGCCAGUGCCCACGUGGACUAACUCUGUCAGAAGACAGGCACACAUGCCAAGUGCCAGUACAGUGUAAAUCAAGUGGCAUUGAGGUGGUUGUUCCUAAAACACUUGUCGGAGGUCUGGAGCUCUUUCUUUCAAACAGCUCCUGUAAAGGAAUCUCGAAUGGCACUCAUGUCAAGAUCAACUUCAGUCUGAAGACCUGUGGCACUGUGGUAGAGGUUGUGAAUGAUAAAAUCAUUGCCAGUAACUUGGUAACUGGCCUCCCGAGGCAGACUCCAAGCAGUAGUGGUGACAUAAUUGUACGCACCAGCAAGCUGUUGAUCCCUGUUACAUGUGAAUUCCCACGGCAGUACCUGGUAUCUGAUGGGUACAUUCCCAACCUCAAGAACAGCCUCCUGGAAAUUGCAGGCCGGAGUCGAGGGGUUUUCCCAUUCAGCCUAGAGCUCUUUAAAAACCGUGAUUUCAAUGAAGCCUACCAUGGCAGCCCACCCACUCUUAAACUACAUGAUGAUCUCUUCUUUGGUAUUGAACCUGUGGUACAUGUGGAUGGCCUACAGACAUUGGUUGAGAGCUGUUUUGCCACUCCAAACUCCAAAACAGAAGAGGCCAUUAAAUAUUACCUUAUCAAAGACGGGUGUAUUUCUGAUGAGACUGUAAAGCAAUUUACAACCGACGAUCACCUUGCCAAACACUACCAAGUUCCAGUUUUUAAAUUUGUAGGGAAAGACAACAAGGAGGUGUUCCUACAUUGCAGUGUCCUUGUAUGUGGCUCUCUUGAUGAACAUUCGCGCUGUUCUCAGGGCUGCAAAAGACGCAUGAGGCGGUCUCUGUGGGAGCAAGAAGAUACUGGCCACCUUGAUCAACACGUCCUUACAGGGGGACCUAUUAUCAUAGAUCCUGAUGAGUGAUUUCACUAUUUACAGUAGCAUAGAAGCACAUCUGUCCCAACACAAAUCGUUUUCUAAAGCUGAGCUUCACUUGUAUCUAGCUACAGUUAUACCAGAUUAAACAUAGUAGACCUAUGCAAAUAGCAAUGCUUUGGGUAUUGUAUUUGGAAAACACUUUUUUGUAACUUUUUAGGAUUUAAAAAUCAUGUACCAGAGGAGAACAAUGAUUUUUUCAUUAUUUAAAUUUUAACUAACUGAAAUACUAGUCCUGUCUUGCCGGGUAGUAAUAGUUAAUCCAAUGAUUCUGUAAAGGAUAAGAUUCCAGGUCUCGGAUCAGUGGCAGCAAUUUCACGAUAUACCUGUACUAGUCUCUAACCCUUAGAUACUGAUUCCUCUUUUUGUUUUCCUUGAAAUAAGUUAUGUCUCAGAUCUGGCUGAUCAUGUUAUAGCAAUUUAAAAACCUGUUAUUUCUUACAAUAAACUGGUUCAACCAGAAUAAGAUCAUAAGUCCCAGUUCUCAUGAACGUAGUACUGAUUCCACCCCUGUGACUUGUGACGAAAAACCGCUAGGACUGGAUUUAUGUAUCUAUAUCUGUCUUUGGGUUUGUCUUUCUCAGAAUUUGUUAUAAAUUGCAUAUGUGCUUAAGAGUUGUGGUCCUAAUAAAUUUUGUUUUAGUGGAA